AUGUUUUACGAAGAAAUAUUUGGACCUCUAAGUGGAAUUGUAUUAAUAGUAUUCGGAAUUGUUACUAUUUUAUCAGUGCUUAUUUUGAUUGUGUGUUUCUCAGUACCAAAAUGUUGCGGAUACGAGCUUUUAAGAAAAAGAAAAAACGAAGAAAAUAAAACAAUUUCUAUGAGCCAAGUCGAACAGCAACAUGGAAAUAUCAAAUUAGGUGAUAUAAGUUAUCGAUCUUGGCGUCUGGGAAGUCUUUAUGAUAAUGAAAGUAUUUACAGAAAUGGAGAAUCAUUGAGAGAGUCUUUUGGUUCUAACUGUGCAGAAUUAGAUUCGAAAAAAACGUUAUCGUCGUUGAAUUUUGUAGAUUCCAGUAAUCAAAAACAAACAAAGAAAGUAAAAGAAUUUCCAACUGAAUUAACUUUGAGUCUUCAAUUUUUGCCAACGAUUGAUGAGCCUAGGAGCACAGAAGGAAAACUUAUCAUUGGCAUUGAGGUUGCUUUAUUUAAUCUUCCACCUAAGCAAUACAACUGUGCAAUAGAACCUUAUGUCGUUGUUAAGAUCGUUAAGCAGUCUUGGACUAAAAAAGAAAAAACUGUACUUCAUAAUUUUAGAACACGUGGUAUUCGACACACUGUUAAUCCGGUAUAUCGAGAAACGUUUAUUAUCGCGGAUGCUAGUCCAUAUAUUAUGAAGGAUUGGUCUUUAUCGCUAUCGGUUUUUGAUCACGAUAGAUAUGCUAAUCACACUGAAUUGUCAACUCUUCAAAUUCCAUUCAAGAACGUUAACAAAAUAUUCACAAACCCAGAAAAACACAUAUUUAAUUAUAGAAUGAAACGAUCUAAUCAGGAAUUUGGAAAUAUUCUGCUAGCGAUAAAUUAUUUACCAACCGCCGAACGUUUAUCGAUAACUGUUGUGAAAUUACGAAAUUUGAAUUAUUUGCCGACCACUAAUUUAUCAACUAAGUUAAAUUUGUAUGUACGAGUAUUAAUGCUUCAUGGAAAAACUGGCCGUAAAAUUCGUAAAAAAAAAACAAAAGUAUUACAUGCAAUGUCGGAAGGUGAAUUUAACGAUACACUGACAUUUGCAUUAUCUCCUUAUCAGUUAGAUACUGUACAAUUUCUUCUGAUUCUUUGCAAUAAAUUCUGGCCUCCUUUGAAGCGUUGGAUGUACGUAUUUCGGAGCGUUCAAUCCGGGCGUUGUCUCGUCUCACAGCAAAUGAAUGAGCUUCCGGCCCAAUUUUCAUUCCCAUAA